AAUUUUAUGACAACUGUUGCCAACUUUUCUAGAACGUGUAAUGUUUUGUUUUUCGGAAACAACUUUGGAGUUUCAAAAAUUUUAAUCGGAAAUUAUUGUUCAAUCUUGUUUGUUGAUAUCAGCCCGUCUUUAAAAUUAUAUUGUUCACCAUCGAAAUGUUUGCGGAUUGCGACGUGAGUGCCGCAGUCAACGACGAUUCAGCGGAGAUCUCCGUCGAGCCAGAAGAAGAAAUCAGCAAUGGUGACGGCCCGCCUAAAAGAAGGAAAUCCGAGAAGAAUCAGUACACCCAGGUGCAGCUUCAGCUGGCCUACGAAGCGGUACAGAAUGGCAUGAGUACGUAUCGUGCCUGCAAAAUGUACGGAGUUCCAAGGCCCACACUGCAAUACCGCAUUAAGAAAAAAAUAACCGACUUGGAGGUGAAAGCCGGCCCGAAAUGUUAUCUCAGCAAGGCCCAAGAAGCGUCCAUGGUCGGCCCGUUGCACGCCCUGGCCGAUGCUGGAUUCACCAUCACACACAGACUGCUCAAGAUCUUCGGUAUGGAGUUCGUCAAGGCGAACAUAGCACAGUUCCCCGAGGGAAAUCCAUUUCCGUCGGAAAUACCCAGCAAAAGUUGGGUGCUAUAUUUUCUGAAAAGACACCCCGAUUUGGCGACACGCAUGACGGAGAACUGGUCCCAUUACGGCUAUCCCUCGGUUGCGCCGGAACGUGUCCCCGUUUGGUUUGGCUGCGUUUCGAGAUAUCUGGCGAAGAUGGACUUGCAGACAGUUGUUCAAAACCGUCGGCAGGUGUUCACGCUGGACGAUACGAUUCUGAGGAAAAGUCGGAACGAUACCAAUUUCACGUGCCUCUUCGGAGCCAACGCCAACGGGAAUUUGCUUCCCCCGUUCAUUAUCUACCCAGAUAAAAUUAAACUGCCAACGCAGAAAAAGCUAUCCGAGUUGAAAUACGCCGUCGCUCACCCGGACAUCGAACUGACCUCGGGAAACGUCCUUUACCAGUGGCUUUCAAAGGUUUUCCAACCGUGGCUAAUCGAAGAAAACGUUCCACGGCCGGUGAUCGUCUUCCUCGACGGCCAUCGCCACCAAAUGGGCUAUUUGAGCAGCCAAUUUUGCCACCAGCACCAAAUCGUCCCCGUGUCGCUCCUCCCACGUUCCGACCACAUGCUGCGCCCCCUUAACCUCACCCUGUUCGGAUCGAUAGAGAAACUGUGGCGCGAUGACAAAAGUAAGCACUCCUCCACGGACCCACCGCUACAACCGAUUCUCGCCCGCCUCACCGACGCCGAGAACGCCAUUCGUGACGGAUUCUACCAGGGCAAACUCUACCCGUGGAAUCCAGACGGCCACACGGCGGACGAUUCGGUGCUUCACCCUGCGCCCAAAGUUCCGCGAAAAAACGCGGCGCCGGUGAAAAAGUCUCCCCCGCUCCGAACCGUCGAUCCGAUGUUGGCCCUGUUCAGGAGGUUGUUUGAGGCACGGCUGCCGGAGCAACAGCUGGGCGAGUUUCAAGCCAGGAGGCAUGAAGAGGUGUGGGCGGGACCGGUUGAGCUAACCGGUUUGUUCGAGAUGUGGCGCGAUUUGAUGAACGAAGUGGACGCCGCUGGACCGCAGGAGGCUACCGAAGGUUUUGAUAACUGGUCAUGUUCGGAGAUGGGUACGGCGCAGGGUGAACAUUAUAUUGAGCCGGAAAUGGUAACCGUCAAGAUGGAAGAUCCUGGCGAAUGUUCAGUGGACUUUGUGAAAGAAGAGCCGAGUUCCGAUUUUGAGGAUCUUUGAAAUGAGGCGUUUGAUCUGUAAUUGCUUUAAAAAGUUCAAGUCAAACAAAUAAAUGUUUUUCGUAAUAAUAG